AUAACCAAAAUACAUUUUUAAGUGAACUAUAAGGGGCAGAAUGAGGUCUCCAACAAUGGCCUCCUCUUCACUCAUUAUUGUAUUAGCAGUACUCUCUCUAAGCUUGGCAUCUCAAAUCUCAGCAGACUAUGUCUCUCAUCCACCACCAUCACCAAAGAUUCCACCACCGGUUUACAAAUCUCCACCUCCACCAUAUAAGUACCCUUCUCCACCACCACCACCUAAGAAGCCUUACACUCCAUCACCUCCACCACCGGUUUACAAAUCUCCACCUCCACCUUAUAAGUACCCUUCUCCACCACCACCACCUAAGAAGCCUUACACUCCAUCACCUCCACCACCGGUUUACAAAUCACCUCCACCUUAUAAGUACCCUUCUCCACCACCACCACCUAAGAAGCCUUACACUCCAUCACCUCCACCACCAACUUACAAGUCCCCACCACCACCUUAUAAGUACCCAUCUCCACCACCACCACCCAAGAAACCUUACAAUCCAUCUCCUCCACCCCCAGUUUACAAAUACAAGUCUCCACCUCCACCCUAUAAGUACCCUUCUCCUCCACCACCACCGCCGGUUUAUAAGUACAAGUCACCUCCUCCCCCUCCCUAUUAAGAGCAUCGCACUUAGUACUUGUAUGGACCGAAGAAUAAGAGAUGAUGGAUGGAAUAAGCACCGUAUAAUAAUAUGAGGAACACGGAAGGUGUUUAAUUUGGACAACAUUAUUUUCAAUUUGUAUUAUGUAUUUGUCAGUAAUCAUUAUAUGGUUUGUAAGGCACUGUUCUAAUCAGAUCCAUACGUAAUCCUUCAUGUCCUGCAUGUAUUUUGGUCAUGUCUGCAGGGUUUUGUGUUUGACCAAUCAUAAAUAAAUAAAUGUUGUUUUCUGUGUGA